AUGAAUAUGAACGAAAUAGGAAGUGAUAGUAUAAUAUGUACUACAGAAAAUCCUGAGUAGAUAUUCAGUUUAGUAGAAAUAUUAGGUCAAGGCUCAUAUGGAAAAGUCUUUAAAGCAUUGAAUUUAUAAAACAAUAAAUAUUAUGCAGUUAAAGUAGUUAAUACUGGAAAUGGAGAUUUUGAUAACUUGAAGAAAGAGAUUAGUAUUUUAUAGGAUUGCCAGAGCGAUUAUAUUGUCCAUUACUAUGGUAGUUAUUUAUAUAACGAAUAGUUAUGGAUUAUUAUGGAAUACUGUGAUAUUGGUAGUGUUAAUGAUUUAAUGAAGGCAACCUAGAGAACACUUAGUGAAGUUUAGAUUGCUUGCAUACUUAAGGGUGUACUCCUUGGAUUAAAGUAUCUUCAUAACUCAAAAAAAAUACACAGAGAUAUUAAAGCUGGAAAUAUCCUCAUCAACAAAGAUGGUGCAUGCAAACUCGCUGAUUUUGGUGUAUCUGCUUAGCUCUUUAAUACUAUGGGAUACAUAGAAUCUUUCAUUGGCACUCCUUACUGGAUGUCACCUGAAGUACUAACUUAAAAUAAAUACAAUAAAAAAACUGAUAUAUGGAGCUUAGGGAUCACAGCUAUAGAGAUGGCUGAAGGAAAUCCUCCCUUUAGCAAUUUCUAAGCAGUUUCGGCAAUGAUCUUAAUUAUUAAAAAGCCUCCACAAGGUUUAAGCGAUCCUACAAAAUGGAGUUAAGAGUUUAAUAGAUUUGUAAGCAGAUGUCUAACUAUUAAUCCUGACAUACGCCCAACUUCAGAAGAACUCCUCCUUGAUCCUUUUAUUGUCAAUAACACAACUAGGGUUAAUCCUUAACAUUUUUUAAUGAAUCUAGUUUCUGAUAAUAUGGAGAGUAUUAGAGUUUUUCGCAAAAAUUUACUUGAGAAGUAGAAAGGAGAAACUUAGUAACAAGGGGAAAAGAAAAACAAGUAACAACCUGCAUAGUAACAGCAAUAAGAAUAGAAAAAAGAAGAGAAAAAAUAAGUUGAUAAAAGAUUAAUGACAGAGGCUUCUCAUGAUUUUUAGGAUUACAUUGCUAAUGAUAGCGGUACAGUUAUUGAAUAUUAAAACUAUGACCAAUUUAAUAAUGAACCUGAUCAGCACUAAUAAUUUUACAAGAAAUAAAAUUAAUUUAUCAACAAUAAUAAUGAUAAAUAAAAUAAUUUUAUUUGGGAAAAUGAGACAGGAACUAUGGUAGAAAAAUUAGAAAAUGAUGAUGGUGAAGAUGAAGAAUAAAAAGAUGACAACUUAAAAUAACCAGAAAAUUCUGAUUUUAUGAAACAAUUUUCUAAAAAAGAAGAUGGUUUUUAAAAUAUCAAUUGGGCACAAAAUAAGAAAGAAGAUUCUUCAUUUUCAAACAAACCAAAUUCAAAUUUGUAAAAAAAUAAUUCGAUAGGCAAUAAAUCAGAGCAGAGAGAAAUGACUUCUUAAUAUAAUUAAAUUGAGCAAGAAGAUGACUAAGUUAAUAGCUCUGUUAUUAUUAAGGAAGACUAUGAAAUAGAGCACAUCAAAAACUAAGCUUAUUCUGGUGUUGCAGUAACAGACUCAGAAAAAAAAAUCUAGUAAAAAAAUGUACCAGAUUUUGUUUUAUUUGCAUAAAAAAUGGAAGAAAACAAUAACAAGAAUUUCCCAAAAAAACCUUUAAAUAUAAAUAUUUAAACAGACAAUAUCCAUAUUUAAGUACCUUAAUCGUCAACUCCUUAACAACAAAAAUAAUAGACUACUAAGUAAUCUAUCAGUGAAGAUAGUGAUAUUCCUUCAGAAUAUAAGAACAUGAAUGAGUAAUAAAUUGAGACCAUGAUAGAAACACUUAAAAAAGAGCUAGAGAUGGAGCUAAAAGCUAUAUAAGAUGCUUACUCCUAAAAAAUUACGAGAUGUGAGAAAGCUUUGAAAUUAGUGAAAUCUAAAAAAAAUGGAUCAUUCACUCCUACUUCUCUCCCAAUGUAAUUAAUAUAAAUUCCUCAAAAUAAUAACUUUGUAAACUAAGAACCUAUUAGUCCUAUAAAAAGAAAUAUAAAUAAUCAGUUAUUACCUUAAUAGUAGUAAUAAUAUUUACCUUCUCCUUCAUCUACGGCUAUGAAAAACAAUUUAGAAUACCUAGUCUCAUCACCACAUCUUGCUCCAAGUGCACUUCCAUAAAUUAGCUAAUCUCCAUACAUCAAAAACCUUAAUUUGGUAAAUGGAGGAGUUUAUGAUUCAAAUAACAAUAGUUAAAAUUUACUUAAUGGUACCAGCUCUAACUAAAUCCAAAACAAACUUCCGAACAAAGGAUUUAAUGCUUUAUAAUCAAGCAAUAACCCUAUGUAUACAAGCACAAAUAAUUUAGUAAACCAAAGCAGCAAUAAUAAUCCUUUGACUCAUUUAAAUCCUGUUUUAAAUAAUAUUUAUUCUGAAAUGCCAUUACCUGCUACUCCAAAAACAAAAGAAUAAGCUUAAUAGAAUAAUGGAGGAUUAAAUUAUGCUCUCGGAGUACAAACACAGCCAACUUCUUCUAACAUUUAUUUAACUAGUUGUUAAAAAUCUAGCAAUAAUAAUAGUAAUAUUGCUCAAUAUACAAAUGGAUAAAUUCCUGUUUAAUCUCAAUCUAACUAGCAAGAAGAUAUUAUUAAUAAUAUUAAAAGAUAAUUCUAAAUCACAAAUUCUGUUUUAGGAAAUGUUGAAAGCAGCAAUCAAUAAUAAUAGAAGUAAGCUAUUAUAAAUAAUGAGAUGUAAUUAAGGAAAAUUAAUAGUAAUCAUCCAAUUAACUAAUUAAAAAAUUCAAAGAAUAAUUAGCUUUUCGAAAGCAAUAUGCUGAAUAAAUAACCAUCUAAACCAACUAGCCAAAACUCUAAUUUCUCAAAAGGCAUUCAAUCUUCUUCUCCAAUGAUCACUUAAGGAGGAGGUCUUUCAUUUGAAGAAGCAUUAAAUAGAAAGAACAUACUUAAGUAAAACUAAGUAUAGAAUAGCAGUAACAAUAACAAUAGUACUGUCUAUGACGAAAAUGCAAUAUACGCUUAAUAGAUGCAGUUACAGUAAAAGUAAAGGCUUUAGUAAGAAUAAAACGGAAGCACUAAAGCUUAGUCUUAUAUUAAUAUGUCAUAAAUACCAACUGGAACUACUCCAAAUAAGUUAUCAAAUUUAGAUUAAAUUAAUAUACUCUAGCAAAAGUCUGUAUAAAAUAAUAAUCGUUAAAUUCCAUAAACCACAUUGUAUAAUUAAGCAGAAAGAUCUCAAACUGAGUAGUCUCAUAACGAUUUCAUUGCAAAGAAAUCUUCAAAAUAAUAUUAAUAAUAAAUGAUUAAUAAUACAAAUAAUACAGAUUACUCAAAAGAAAAUGCAUAUUAUAGAGAUAAUUAUUCUAAGUAACCAUCAUCUAAUUUGUAUAACAAUUCAAAUUACAACAAUAACACAGCAAGGGGAAGUAAUUAAACAAAACUCUCAAAUGGUUAGAACAGUCAAAACAUUUUAUCUAACAAUGGCCUUGAUGGAUAUGGACAUUCAAGUAGUAAUAAUAAUCUUUCUACAUCUUCAACUUCUUCGACUCAAAUACAAUAAAUACUUUCUAGGUCUCAGAAUCUCUAAAACAAUAUAAGCAGCAUACCAAAUAAAAUAUCUAAAAAUAAUAGCUAGGAAACAUCUAAUUCAUUCCUUUCGAAUGGUUAAAAAUCUAAAACUAGUAAUAGUUAUGUGAGUAACAAUCACUCUAAUUCUAAUUCUAUAGAUGAAUAAAAACAGUAUACUCAAAGUAAAAAUCACCUAGUUAUUCUCUAGAAAAAGAAUAAUAAUAGCAAUAAUAAUGUUCCUAUGACAGCGAAAGACUCAUAAUCUAAAUCAUCAAAUAAUUUGUCAUCCCUAAGCUAGUAGUAAAACUAGAGUCAAUAUAAGCCCUCUAAUGCACCUACAUCAGGAAUAUCUUUCAAAUAGCUUCUUAACUAGCAAAAUGAAAGAAAAUUACCAUCAGCAAAUAAUUUUUGCUGA